AUGUCCAACGUCUUCGACAGCCAGACGUCCUCCGUAGAGUCCUCGCAACAUCCGCUUAGCGGUCUGUGGAAGCCUACCCACCUCCAACGCCUACACUAUGGACCGGAGACUGUCAAGAACCAUCUGCUUUCAUGUCUCCCACAGGAGUCUUCCAAGGCGUUCAUCGUAACCGGAUCGUCGUUGGCGAACAAGACAUCCUUGAUCAAGCAAGUGGAAGAGCUUCUGGGUAGCAAGCACCAUGCCGGAACCUUCAGCAAAAUUGGACAGCAUGCACCGAUCGCCCAGCUGGACGAGGCAACGGAGCUGGUGAUGAAAGACGAGAGUAUCGACACCAUCAUCAGCGUGGGCGGCGGAAGCCCGAUCGAUUCUGCAAAGGCGAUCUCAUACCGCCUCAACGAGAGGCAGAAGGGCAAAUUCCUGCACCAUAUUUCGAUACCUACGACGAUCAGUGCUGCAGAGUGCACGCUUGGCGCUGGCUAUACGAAUGAGAAUGGCAUGAAGACUGGAGUUGCGCACCCUCGACUUGCACCCAAUGUCAUCCUGUACGAUGCCAAGUUUGUUCUGGAGACUCCACCAUGGCUAUGGAUGAGCACUGGCAUGAGAGCGAUGGAUCAUGCGAUGGAGUUGAUGUACCAUCCAACGUCUACCGAGAUGCCGUGCAGGUGGAUGUGUUUGUUCGCGGCAGGCGAGCUGUUCAAGUAUUUGCCCAAGUACAAGGAGAAUCCGAAGGAUGAGGAUGUCAUCACCCGGCUGCAGCUGGCGGCGUUCGCCUCUCUGGGCUUCCUUGCGCUGAACGUGAAGGGAGGACUCGGCUUGUCGCAUGGGCUUGGUUAUGCCCUUGGCUCUCCAUACCAAAUUCCACAUGGCAUCACGUCUUGCCUAACGCUUGGCCAUGUGGUAAAACUCAAGGCUGAGACGUCGCAGGAGGAUGCGGCGCAGUUAGCGAGGAUGGCAUCUUUCAUCGGACUGCAAGCCUCCGGAGACAACAGGAGGGAUGCGGUGGCUGUGGGCGAUGCCAUCUUGGACCUGGUGAAACGGCUCGACUUGAAGACGACCUUGACUGAGAAGGGUGUCGGCAAGGAUCAGGUUCCUGUCAUUGUCAAGACGGCGACAAGGCAGGAGAGCGGGCCGGUGUACGACAAAGUGAAGGAGCUUGUGGAGGGUUUGUACUAG